CUUCGGGAAUACAAAUAUCGCAAAUAUUUAGGAACGGAGGGAGUACUAAUUAGGAAGAGCUUGAAAGGGUCGAUCUUUUUCCUCUUUUGGCACCGAAAAAUGGUGCCAUUAUCCUCUCAAGCUCUGCUUCUCAUAUUGUCUAUCUCGUUGUUCUUGAGCUUUGUUUCUUCUGCUGAGUCGGAUGAUGGGCUUGCUUUGUUGGAGAUUAAGAAGUCAAUUAGGGACGUUGACAAUAUAUUGUAUGACUGGACCGACUCACCUUCUUCAGACUACUGUUCUUGGAGAGGUGUUACUUGUGACAAUUUCACCUUCAAUGUUGCAGCACUGAAUCUAUCAGGUCUGAAUAUGGAUGGUGAGUUGUCUCCAGCAAUAGGGAAGCUGAAAAGCCUAGUGUCCAUUGAUCUGAAGCAGAACAGACUUUCAGGACAGAUUCCUGAUGAAAUUGGUGAUUGUUCGUCUCUGAUAAGCUUGGACCUGUCAUUCAAUGAGCUGUAUGGAGACAUUCCAUUCUCUAUUUCAAAGCUAAAGCAACUUGAGUAUUUGAUUCUGAAAAACAAUCACUUGAUUGGCCCGAUUCCUUCAACAUUGUCUCAGAUUCCAAACUUAAAAGUUUUGGACCUUGCACAAAACAAGUUGAGUGGAGAAAUACCGAGGCUUAUCUAUUGGAAUGAAGUUCUUCAAUAUUUGGGACUGCGAGGGAACAACUUGGUGGGUACCCUUUCAUCCGAUAUAUGCCAACUAACUGGGCUGUGGUACUUUGAUGUUCGAAACAACAGUUUGACUGGAUCAAUUCCUCAAGAGAUUGGAAAUUGCACUGCUUUCCAGGUCCUUGAUCUGUCCUAUAACAAGUUGACUGGUGAGAUACCAUUCAAUAUCGGAUUCCUGCAAGUAGCCACCUUGUCCUUGCAGGGCAAUAAACUUUCAGGGAAAAUUCCAUCUGUGAUUGGGUUGAUGCAGGCUCUUGCUGUUUUGGAUCUAAGUUGCAACAUGCUAACUGGAUCAAUUCCUCCCAUUUUUGGAAACCUAAGCUACACAGAGAAAUUGUAUUUGCAUGGAAACAAACUAAGUGGGUCCAUUCCUCCGGAGCUCGGGAAUAUGACAAAGCUCCAUUAUCUUGAACUAAAUGACAAUCAACUUAGUGGGCAUAUACCUCAAGAGCUUGGGAGGCUUACUGAAUUAUAUGAUUUAAAUGUUGCCGGCAAUCGACUUGAUGGCCCCAUUCCAGAAAACCUUAGCUCGUGUACAGAUCUGAACAGUCUCAAUGCUCAUGGGAACAAAUUGAGUGGGACCAUUCCCCGUGCAUUUCAGAAGCUCGAAAGUAUGACUUAUCUGAAUCUCUCAUCAAACAACAUUAAAGGCCCCAUUCCAAUUGAGCUGUCUCGUAUUGGAAAUCUUGAUACACUGGAUCUUUCAAACAAUAAGAUCAAUGGUUCCAUUCCAUCUCCACUUGGUGAUUUGGAACAUCUACUGAAACUGAACUUGAGCAAGAAUAAUUUAAGUGGAUAUCUACCAACUGAGUUUGGUAAUCUACGGAGCAUUGUGGAGAUUGAUGUAUCAAACAAUCAUCUCUCGGGAUCAAUACCACAAGAACUUGGUCAACUUCAAAAUCUCUACUUAUUGAAAGUGGAAUAUAACAACCUCUCAGGUGAUUUGUUGUCACUGGCUAGCUGCCUCAGUCUCAGUGUCCUAAAUGUCUCUUAUAAUAAUCUAGCAGGCGAUAUUCCAACCGACAACUUCUCAAAGUUUUCCCAUGAUAGUUUUAUAGGGAAUCCAGGUCUUUGUGGAUAUUGGAUGAGUUCCCCAUGUCAUGCACCUCUCCCAACAAUGCGAGCCACAAUAUCUAAAGCUGCCAUUCUCGGUAUUGCUUUGGGGGCUUUGGUGAUUCUCCUGAUGAUCUUAGUGGCCGUUUGGAGGCCACAAUAUCCACACACCUUUAUAGAGGGAUCCAUUGAUAAAAAGCCAGUAAGUUACUCGUCACCAAAGCUGGUCAUCCUCAACAUGAACAUGGCACUCCAUGUAUACGAUGACAUCAUGAGGACGACUGAGAAUCUGAGCGAGAAGUUCAUAAUUGGCAAUGGAGCUUCAAGCACUGUGUACAAGUGUGUUCUUAAGAACUGCAAGCCGGUUGCUGUGAAGAAACUCUACUCUCAUUGCCCACAGUACCUUAAGGAGUUUGAGACAGAACUAGAGACUGUUGGGAGCAUUAAACACCGUAACCUCGUCUCUCUGCAAGGCUAUUCCCUUUCUUCUACUGGACAUCUCCUCUUCUAUGACUACAUGGAAAACGGAAGCCUCUGGGAUUUGCUUCAUGGCCCCACUAAGAAGACAAAACUUGAUUGGGAGACUCGUCUUCGAAUUGCAUUUGGUGCUGCAGAAGGGCUUGCAUACCUCCACCAUGAUUGUAACCCAAGAAUCAUCCACCGCGACGUUAAGUCUUCAAACAUUUUGCUAGACAAAGAUUUCGAGGCUCAUUUAACCGACUUUGGGAUUGCGAAAAGUUUGUGCACAUCCAAGUCCCACACUUCAACUUAUAUAAUGGGAACCAUCGGAUACAUUGAUCCCGAAUACGCGCGCACUUCCCGCCUCACCGAAAAAUCGGAUGUGUAUAGUUAUGGAAUCGUCUUGCUCGAAUUGCUCACGGGUAGAAAAGCCGUGGAUAAUGAAUCCAACCUCCUCCAUCUGAUUUUAAUGAAGGCAUCAAACAACACAGUCAUGGAAAUGGUUGAUGAGGAGAUCUCGGCGACAUGCCGUGACCUGGGAGACAUAAAGAAGGUCUUCCAGCUGGCUCUCCUAUGCACCAAGAGACAGCCGUUGGAAAGGCCAACCAUGCACGAAGUCACUCGAGUUCUUGGGAGCCUAAUAACACCCUCUCCCAACCUGAAACCGCGGCUAAACCCAAUUCCGUCUGCCAAAGUGCAAUGCUACAUGGAUGAGUACAAGAAUCUGAGGACCCCACACCUGGUGAAUUGCCCAUCCAUGAGCACCUCAGAUGCCCAACUCUUCCUCAAAUUUGGGGAAGUGAUUUCCCAGAACAGUGCCUGAGAGAAGGAGAUUCUUGGAUAUGUUUGAGGGUUAUGUAUAAACUAUGAUUCAAGAUGGUUGCAGGUGGUGGAAAGGGUAUGAAGGUCAUUUUAGCUAACUUGUUUAGAGUGGAACACUUGAUUCAUGCAGUGUAUGUAUAUUAGUGUUUGAUUGGCUGUUUAUCAAUAUGGACUUGAGUAUGCCCUUUUUGCUCAUGCCUCUAUGUUUAAUUGUGUGACGAAACAUUACACAGGGUAUAAAUAAAUAAAAUAAUGUAUCAUUA